ACCGUUUCCCCUGAGCACCAGCCCCCCCGCGCAAAAGCAAAAACGCCAGGAGCGACGAGGCUGCAGCUCUCCCGGGGCCUGCGGGACGUGCCCAGCUGCCCAUGCGCUGGGAAGGAGCCGUGAGAGGGAGAGAAACUGAUCCCAGGAGCAUCUGAAGUUCGUGGUCUCGAGGAAGGUGGCGUAACUUCAGCGAAAAGCUUUGCCGUUCCGUGCGUUGACGUGCAAACAAAACGAUUUCUUGCUGCAGGACCCGAGCAAGACCCGAGCCAGGGCGUCCCACGAGCACUCCGAGGACUCCUGCAGCCAGCUUUGCCGAUCGGUCCUCCAUGGCGAGAAUCCCAGCUCCCACCACUCUGGCCAUUUUCCUGACUUGCCUCUUCUCCGGGGCACGCAGCCAGACCCCAAGGGCUUUCCAGGAGAGCACCGUCCCCUUUGAGGUGCUCAGCCAGGAGCAGGCUUACAGCCUGGUCCAGCCAAGCCUGGUCCGGGAUGCCAAGCUGUCAAACCACUCGGACAACCCCGCCAGGAGCACCAGCUCCGAGCCCCCCCUGCUCCCCGUGUGCCUGAAGCCUGCAGAUAUCAGACACGUCUUCAAGUACAUCAACACCAUCGUGUCCUGCACCAUCUUCAUAGUAGGGAUCAUCGGGAACUCCACGCUCCUGAGGAUCAUUUACAAGAACAAGUGCAUGAGGAAUGGGCCAAACGUCCUCAUCGCUAGCUUGGCGCUCGGAGACCUUCUCUACAUUCUCAUUGCUCUGCCCGUCAACGUAUAUAAGCUCCUGGCAAAGGACUGGCCCUUUGGCGUGCAGGUGUGCAAGCUGGUCCCCUUCAUCCAGAAGGCUUCAGUGGGCAUCACGGUCCUCAGCCUUUGUGCUCUCAGCAUCGACAGGUACCGAGCAGUGGCGUCCUGGAGCCGGAUCCAGGGGAUAGGAAUCCCCAUGUGGAAGGCAGUGGAGGUGAUGCUGAUCUGGGUGGUGGCGAUUGUGCUCGCCGUCCCCGAAGCUGUCGCCUUCGACAUGGUGGAGCUCAGCUACUGGGAGCGGCACCUGUGGGUCUGCAUGCUUGCCUCCGAACAGAAAUCCAGCUUCAUGAUGUUCUACCGUGACGUGAAGGACUGGUGGCUUUUCGGCUUCUAUUUCUGCCUCCCCUUGGUAUGCACUGGCAUCUUCUACACCCUCAUGUCCUGCGAGAUGUUGAGCAAGAGAAAUGGCAUGAGAAUCGCUCUGAAUGACCACAUGAAACGGCGCCGGGAGGUGGCCAAGACCGUGUUCUGCCUCGUGGUGGUUUUUGCGCUCUGCUGGCUGCCGCUCCACCUCAGCCGCAUCCUCAAAAAGACCAUCUAUGACCAGACGGACCCCAACAGAUGUGAACUGCUCAGUUUCCUCCUAGUGAUGGAUUACUUCGGGAUCAACAUGGCCUCCCUCAACUCCUGCAUCAACCCUGUGGCUCUCUACUUCGUCAGCCGGAAAUUCAAGAACUGCUUCCAGUCCUGCCUGUGCUGCUGGUGCCAGAGACCGGCUCUGAGCAUCACGCCAACGGAUGAGAAGGGCUCUGUUGGGAAGUGGAAAGCCAACGGGCAGGAGCUUGGGUUGGACCGGAGCAGCUCCCGUUUGAGUAACAAGUACAGCUCUUCCUAAAGCCAUGCCACGGCGGGGCCGAGAGGAGAAGACGCUGUGCCAAGGCGGCAGGACCCCCCCGUUUCUCUCGCCCGGCCGUUGCCUGGCUGGGCCUGAAUCGUUUUUUUUUUUUUUUUUUGCCUUCGUGUCGUAACCCACCUGGGAGGAGCUGCAGCACAUCACAGCCCCCCGGGGACUAGCUCUGAACACAGCCUCUGAACCACGCCGGUCGUCCUCUGGAGGAGGGGGGAGUCAGAUCCUUGCAGGAUUUUUCAUUUCCUCACGGGAAACCCAAGCGACUUACAGCUGUUUGUCUCAGGUGGAGACGUGGGGCGGGGAGAUGUGUGUGAAAAGGGAGGGAAGCUUCGAGAUGGAUGUGGGAUGAGGAGGAGAGGGAGAGGACCGCGAGCGACAAUUUCCAGCUGAAAAAGCCGAAGAAAAGCUUCGGUGACGUCCCUUAUGACCUCCCCCUGUUGCUGGGACAGUUUGUCCCUGGGCAGAGAGCCGGGAUAAGAUCCAGGCACCGUGUAUGGCUGGUAGAGAAUCGAUGGUGUGAAAUUUCUUCCUGUUCCUGGUAGGGAGAGAUGGGUGGUAACCUGGCUUCCUUACGUCACCAACCUGACCAGGGGAGCCCUAAAAGCCCCCCUCCCCCUUCACCUCUUCCUGGGAAAUCUGCCCCAGGCUCCCCACCCAGGGAUGAUGCUCACCCCACCCGCGUACGGCGCAAGAACCGUGACUGUGUGUGACGGCACAGCUUAGGGGACCAGAUAUCCUUGGCAGGAACUAGUGGCAGCAUCCAGCCAAACCAUCAGCUCCAGCUUCCCCCUCCCCAAGGGACAGGGCCAGCCAGGUGAGCUCCCGGCUAGUAGCCCGGGGGGCUGUUGCCAGCCCGAGGGGCUGUCCUCCCAGGGAAGAGUUUGUAAGCCCAGGAAAGGGAAAGCAGAGAUGGCUCAAAUCCGGAUGGGACCAAGGAACCAGCCCUCGCUUUUCCAACCUGGAAGCAGCUGAUUCUCCACCUGACGUGGGAUGCAAAGGAGAGGAUCCGGGAGAUGUGCUCUUCCAGAAGAGCAUCCAGCCUUGGUCCGUGGUCUUUUGCAGCUGGCAGGGCCACGGCCCCCUUCAGCUGUGGGCUCCUGGGCGGGGGGAUCGCCUGCCAGACCACAGCUCGGAAGGGAAAAGAGGGCUGCCCUGCCUUUCGAUGCCCGCCGCUGAGCUUCCCCUUCCCACGGAGGCUGAGCACCGACGGCGCAGCAGGGCUGGACCCACGCGUGCCCCGGCCACGGCCCCGUGACACCAAGGCUUGUGGCGUUUUAAGGGGGACGGAGAUGCUCAUCCUCGUGGUCAAACCAAGGUGGGAAAGGCAACGGGGAAAGGUCUGACCUCAGCAGAAAGAGCCGCUGGAGCUAACCGAAAUACGGCAAAGAGCUUUCACAAAUUUACUCUUUAAAGUAAUUAAUCCCCGAGGGCUUCUCCAGCAUGUUUUUCUAAAAAAUCAUGCUUGCCUCUCUCGCCAAAACUUUAAGAAAACCUAGAUGAAAAAGUUUUAGUUAAUAAGUUUUUGAUUAUUUUUCUGUUGUUUUUUUCUUCUCUCUCUUUCUUUCUU